CGCGUCUUCCGCACGCACGCUACCCCCACACCUUUUACGUAAACAAAAUGGCUGUUGGUUCCGCUCGCCGCGAUAAGGGCAAAGGCCGCUCCACGGGCCUCACCGAGGAGCAAAAGCAGGAGAUCCGCGAGGCGUUCGACCUCUUCGACACGGAUGGCUCCGGCACGAUCGACGCCAAGGAGCUGAAGGUCGCCAUGCGCGCGCUCGGCUUCGAACCCAAGAAGGAAGAGAUCAAGAAGAUGAUCGCGGACAUCGACAAGGAUGGCUCCGGCACGAUCGACUUCGAGGAAUUCCUUCAGAUGAUGACCGCGAAGAUGGGCGAGCGCGAUUCCCGCGAGGAGAUCAUGAAAGCGUUCCGCCUCUUCGACGACGACGAGACCGGCAAGAUCUCGUUCAAAAACCUGAAGCGCGUCGCGAAGGAGCUCGGCGAGAACAUGACCGACGAGGAGCUUCAGGAGAUGAUCGACGAGGCUGACCGCGACGGCGACGGCGAGGUCAACGAGGAGGAGUUCUUCCGCAUCAUGAAGAAGACCUCCCUCUUCUAAAUACUCUCUGAGAUGUUCGUCGUCGCACGACGACUGACGAGCCGCGACGUCUUCGAGACUGCGAAAAAAAACCAACUGUAGUUUUCCCCGCCUUUAGGUCAUAGCGCAUACGCGGUGGCGCGGCGACGCGUGGGGCGCGUCCAUCGGACGUACCCACCGCGCCGUGAAAUGUUUACUCUUCAAAUUAUUGUAAUAAAGUCGAGUCCACUGUGAGAAAAA